UGAAUACAUUUGCUUUUAAACUAUUAUAUUUAGAACCUUAAUAAUGUUAUAAAAGAUGUGAGAAGAAAUUAGUAAAACUUUUAAAGUAAUUAUAUUGUAGAGAUUAAAGAAAAAAAUUCAUUAAAAAUUGGCUUUUAGACUGCGAAGAGACUAAAAUGUUAAGUUCUUUUCAUUUUCAAAGAAUAAAUAAUGAUAAUUAUUUCCUUAGUAAGCUUUUAAAUAAUAUGCCGCAUAUAUUUUCUUUUGAAAAAAGAUAUAAUAAACUAUAAGAGUUUAUUUUGGAAGAUUAAAAAGGACAGGAUAGAGAUCCUUUUGAUUUCUAUUAAGAUGUAGAUAAUGAAGAUGAAAAUAAUGUCGUUUUUGUAAAUUCUAAAGUAGUUAAAAUUAGAAGAGGGAAAGAAAUGGAAGAUGCUUUUUAAAAAUUUAAACAUAAAAAUAUGAAAGCUUUAUAUAAAAUAAGCUUCUUAGAUGAACAUGGAUUAUAAGAAGCAGGAAUAGAUGGAGGGGGUAUUAUAAAAGAAUUUAUAAAUUCAGUUAUAAGUUAAGGAUUUAAUAUUGAAUAUGAAUUGUUUAUAGAAACAUCUUAAAGAACAUUAAUGCCAGCACCUAAUAAUAAACAUAGAUUAUAAAAAUAUUACUUUUUAGGAUCUAUAGUAGGAAAAGCAAUAUAUGAAAAUAUUCUUAUAUAACCGGUUUUUUCGAAAGUUUUUCUUAAUUAAAUUCUUGAAAAACCUAGUACUAUUGAAGAUCUUUAAUAUAUAGAUAAUAGUUUAUAUAAAAAUUUAAUGAAACUUAAACAUACAUAAGAUGAUGUAAGCUAAUAUGGACUUACUUUUUCUAUUGACGACGAAUAUAAUGGAAAAGUUGAAUUAAAAUAAGACGGAUCAAAUAUAAUAGUGAAUAAUGAGAAUAAAUACGAAUAUAUCAGUUUAUAUGCAUAAUAUAAAUUAAAUUUAAUGAAUUAAAUUGAAGCUGAAAAUUUUAGGCAAGGAUUUGCUUCUGUUAUUGAUUAAAAUUGGCUUUCUAUGUUUUCACAUGAUGAAUUGUAAUUAAUUAUUUCAGGAUAAUUUACAGCUUUUGAUGUCGAGGAUUUAAAAUAAAAUACUAAAUAUUAAGGUUACAAUCAAUAUGAUUUAAUAAUUAUUUUCUUUUGGGAAUGCUUAAAUGAAUUUUCAGAACUUGAAAAAGAAAAAUUUUUACAUUUUGUAACUAGUUGUAGUAGACCUCCUACUUUAGGAUUUAAACAAUUAAAUCCUCCUUUUUGUAUUUGUAAAUCUAUUGACGAUUGGAAUCCUUAACAUCCAGAAAAACUACCAAGUAGUUCUACAUGUAUGAAUAUUUUAAAACUUCCUGAUUAUUAAGACAAAAGUACAUUAAAGAUAAAAUUAUUUGAAGCAAUAUUUUCAAAUAGUGGAUUUGAUUUGAGUUGA